GCCCCGAGGAGCACCCCGGGCCGCCUCCCGGCCUCUUCGGGGCUGCGGCUAAUUAUAGCCGCCCCGUCAGUCGCUUCUUGUGCCUCGCCGCUCUCCGUGCUCUCUGCCUCCCUCAGGGAGCCUUGGCCCUGCGGCUCUGAGCGCUCCGCUCGCUCCCGCUGCUGGUGGCGUUUCCCUUUUCCCAGAGGUGUGAGGAGCUCGCGCUCAGCAGCGCGGCUGCGGGGUGCUUGCUGCGUCUUCUUGGAGGGCUGAAGUUAGAGGAAUCACAGUCUGAAAAGCACCUCGGGUGAGAACCCCCCAUAGGGGCAGGGCAGAGCGAGGCAGUGUCAGCAGGUGGGUGCCCACAGCACGGAUGUGAGGGCGUUCUUGUUCAGUAACCUGAUGGGAGACGCUCCCAGCUUAGCGCAGUCUGAGUUGCUGGUGUGUUUCUGGACUUUGACCCGCAAGCUCAGAAGUGCUUCCAUUCCAGGCUGAGCAAUAUCUGCUCCCUGUGGCUGUAAUGACAGCCUCUUGUUUUAUAUUUUAAUCUCUUCCCACAGAACAUAACGCAGUUUUGCAGCCUUAACUCUGAUCAGGACAAGAUGUGUUCGGGAGGGCAGUGGUAGUGAUGUGCUUUGUGCUGUGUUGACUGCUGAACAAAACCAGUAGGUGCUGGACGGGGGGCUUGGAAACAGCCACUGCUGAUGUCAUCUGGGAGUUUCUGUUUAAAGGUUGGACCAGAUUGGAAAAGAUUAAACCCCUUGAUGUAGGCUGCAGAGAAGAGGGAAACUGAAAUCUGAAGCUAUGGACAUAACUAGCAGCAUCUUCAGGGGAGAGAAAGCAGCUGCUUCUGUUUUUUCUGUCUUUGGCAAUGAAGGAUAUUGAAUUUUUCUGUCGGUUUUUCAAAAUGAAAGUGUUUUCCUAUUUUCUUCUGUGCUUUUGCAAGUCAUGAGUGGCCCCUAUCACUUAAAAUACUGAUUACUUUCAAGAGGUCAUGGGAAUAGACUGCCCAUCAUCACACCUUUCCUUCUGGGUAACCUCUGUAAAAGCUUCUAAAUAACUUUUCCACAAAUUCUGGUUUUAGUUGCACCAUUAUAUUCUGCGGAACGAUGAUGAAAUACUGAACAGAUGUUAACAAUAUAGAGAAUGUUGCACUUCUUGUGUUACAGAACGCAAGAAACCUCUUCCAGUGAAUGGAACAAUCCCUCUAGGACCUAGUGUCUGGGGCUGCCUUUCACCUUUGUAAUGUUCUUGUUCAGCUGGUUUGAGAGCACCGUGCAGGUGGGCAAACUGCAGGACCUCAUCAACCGAAGUAAGAUGGCGAGGUGUAGAGGACGAUUUGUCUGCCCAGUCAUUCUGUACAAGGGAAAGCAUAUUUGCAGAUCAGCGACACUGGCUGGCUGGGGAGAGCUCUACGGGCGCACCGGUUACAACUACAUCUUCUCAGGGGGUUCUGACGAUGCUUGGGCAGACGCAGAGGACAUUUCAGAGGAAGAUUCUGCACUGAGAAAUGCAGACUCCCAGCUGUUUGACAAGGUCAGAGGACAUGACAUCAAGCUGCUUCGGUACCUCUCUGUCCGAUAUAUCUGUGACCUGAUGGUGGAAAACAAGAAGGUGAAGUUUGGCUUGAAUGUGACGUCUUCUGAGAAGGUGGACAAAGCUCAACGUUACGCUGAUUUCACGCUUCUCUCCAUCCCAUAUCCAGGUUGUGAAUUUUUUAAGGAGUACAAAGACCGGGAUUAUACAGCUGAAGGUCUCAUAUUUAACUGGAAACAGGAUUAUGUAGAUGCUCCAUUAAGUAUCCCAGCGUCUGUGACCCAAUCUCUCAGUAUUGACUGGAGUGAGUACCAGAGCUGGGACCUCGUACAACAGACGCAGAACUACCUGAAGCUGCUGAUCUCUAUCAUCAAUAGUGAUGAUGACAGCGGGCUCCUGGUGCACUGUAUAUCCGGCUGGGAUCGAACUCCUCUCUUCAUCUCCUUACUGCGCCUCUCCUUAUGGGCUGAUGGACUGAUCCACGUGUCCCUGGAGCCAUCUGAGAUUCUCUACCUGACGGUGGCCUAUGACUGGUUUCUCUUCGGGCACAUGUUAGUCGAUCGACUCAAUAAGGGAGAAGAGAUUUUCUUUUUCUGCUUCAAUUUUCUGAAGCACAUCACCUCUGAGGAGUUCUCUGGUGUGAAGUCACAGAGAAGGAAGAGUUUGCCACCUGGCUUCACCUUGGAAGAGAUCUGCAUGCUCAAGCAGAGAGACCGAGGCAGCACCACGAGUCUGAGCAGCGACUUCUCCCUGGGGAUGGAAAGCUCCCCUGGAGCAGCAGGGAGCUUCACAUAUGAAGCAGUGGAGCUGAUGCCAGCGGGAGCACAGGCCCAAGCAACAUGGAGGAAGAGCAGUGCGUCAUCACCUCAGGCCGUGCUCUGGAGCAGGGCACAGCAGUCUGAAGACAGGCUGCCUUCUGCAGGGAUGGUUGAAGUCAAGUCCUCCAGCUCCUCCUCAUCAACCCAUUCAGAUAACUUUCUGAGGAUUGGAAGCAGCCCACUGGAGGUGCCCAGAUCCAGAUCGGCGGACCAUUCUCUGCCCGGAUCUUCCGUUUCCACAGACUUUGGCAGCUGGCAGAUGGUGACAGGGUGUGGCAGUAUUCGGGAGCAGGCAACCCUGAGCGCAGACGCCUCUCUCCCUUGCAGCUUCCCGGAUGAGUUCCCUAACACUUGCCUGCUGGUGUCAGCGAGCGACCGCGAGUCCCGGCUGGAAGAAGUGCGUUCCGCCUUCCUGGCCAGCUACAGCCGGACCAUCGGCCUGAAGGCCGUGCCCCCCAGCCCCUCGGGGGCCAUCGGCGGCCUCCUCGAGCAGUUCGUGCGGGGCGUGGGACUGAGAGGCAGCAGCACGCUCUGAGAGCCGCCACGUUCCAGGACGGAUGGAUGGAGAACCGGGGACCCCUGGCCGAGCCGGGACCCCCGUCCUCGGGGGCACGCGGGCACAGCACCGAGCACCCGCUUGUGAUUACCCUGCUCGGGGCCGGGGAGCGGCGGGGGCUCCGAGGCGGCCCCGCAGUAAAGACCUCCAUGUGCCGACCCCUGGGCUGCGUGGUGCCUGGGCUGCGGGAGGCGGGCGAGCUGGGAAGAGCCGGGGGGCGGCGGCGCGGAGGAGCCGGGAGCGGCUCCGGCGGGGGAGCCGCCCGCUAUAAAUAGCGCGGCCCACGCUCCGGGAGCGGCGGCACCGAAAUAGCAGCGCGCCGGGGCCGAGAGCUCCUCCGGGCGGGAGUCCCGACGGGACGGGAGCCGGCAUCGAGGGGUCAGCGGGGCACAGCCCGCCCGCCCGGCGGGAACCGAGCCGGACGGCAUCCCCCCGGCCCCGCGCGCCGGUACCCUGG